CACUUCCUGUCCGUUGUCAGCUAUGUUUGGUUCUUAUUGUCGGAAACAUAGAACAGUGUUCUGGUUCUAUUGAGACAUCUGCAGAGAGGUUCUGUUUCUGUGAGUUUAACAGAACAGCACUUUGUUCUCCAUGACAUUAUUUCUGGAACAUUUGGGGAACCUGUGACCUGCUUGCAUUAGAGCGCCGAGUGACACACUCGUUAACCUCCGAGUAUUGAUCCAACAGUCAGGUCACAGCUGUUCUCAGAGCGCAGUUAAUGGAUCAGUCUGAGCACCGAUCGAUGAUCCUCCGUCACACAUCGAUCGGGACCAUAUAAAGAGCUGCAGCAGGACGCCACCGCCGCAGAGAGACCGCUGCCACCCCCACGGCAACCACUGGACACUCAGCCGACAUCCUACCGUCAUUGGGCCGACAUUCAGUGGAUUUCUAGCCGUCAUCCAACCGACGUUCAGCCAUCACUUAGCUGUCAUUGAGCCGACAUCCAGCCGUCGUUAAGCCGACAUUCAGGCGAUAUUCAGCCGACAUUAAACAGGUAACGAUGAGUCAACAGCAGCCGGGUGGGAGGUCGUCUCUCUGCUCUCUGGGAGGAAAUUGCACCUCCUCAUUGUCCAAUCAUCAUGGCGGGAAGUUGAAGCUUCUUACCCUGCGUGGCCCCGCCCCCACACACCACACUCACCUGCAGCCUCACCUGUUCCCCACGGUGGACGUCCCUGACCAUGCCCACUACAUCAUCGGCUCUGUUAUCCUACUGGUGGGGGUGACGGGAAUGCUGGGAAAUGCUCUGGUCAUCUUUGUGUUCGGUCGCAGUCGGACGCUGCGCCUGCCCAGCAGCCUGCUGGUGGUCAACCUGGCUGCCGCAGACUUCCUGAUGUCUGUGAUGCAGUCGCCAGUUUUCUUUGUGUCAAGUCUGCACCGCCGCUGGGUGUUUGGGGAGCUCGUGUGUGAGCUGUACGCCUUCUGCGGCGCUCUGUUCGGCAUCACCUCCAUGAUGACGCUGACGGCCAUCACGGUGGACCGCUGCUUGGCCAUCACACGGCCGCUGGCGCUGUUGGGCGGGCUGAGUCGCAGCCGGGUGUUGGCGAUGCUGGCGGGGGUGUGGCUGUACUCUCUGGGCUGGAGUCUGCCACCGUUCUUCGGGACUAACUUCGGGAGCUGGGACUACAUGAGCUUCACUGCCGCCGUGCGUGCCUACACCAUCCUGCUGUUCGCCUUCGUCUUCUUUGUCCCACUCAGCCUGAUUGCUGGCUGCUAUCUCGCCAUCUUCCAGGCGGUGUGGCGGGCGGCUCAGGAGAUGGAUCGGCUGAACUGUGGCGAGACGAACAAGGCGUACGAGCGUCUCCGCAGCGAGUGGCGCUUGGCUAAAGUGGCUCUUGGAGUGAUCCUGCUGUUCAUCAUCUCCUGGGCGCCAUACUCAGCGGUUGCUCUCACCGCCACAGCCGGAUACGCCCACCUGCUGACACCCUACAUGAACUCUGUUCCUGCUGUCAUCGCUAAGGCCUCCGCCAUCCACAACCCUAUCAUCUACGCCAUCACACACCCAAAGUACCGUGCUGCCAUUGGCCGCCACGUCCCCCUGCUGCGCCCUCUACUGUGGCUGCAGGAAAAGGACCUGUGCUCGUCAUUCAGCUCCGGCACCACUUCAUCCCGUCGAGCCACGCUCACCAGUCAAAGCUCGGCAGAGCCGACUGUCCUCAGCGUCUGACAGCGAAUCCUGCUGGACGGAGUCCUGCUGGACCCGCUGGCUCGAUGGCCUUCACCAUACAAGCGUCCACUGAAGCCGCUGCAGACAGCGCCUCCAAGGCUGCCCACAGCGCCAACACCACCAAUGCCGCCAACACCGCCCUAAACAGCAACAAUGACUCCAAUGCCGCUGUCACUGCCCCCCCUCUCGGUGGGCAGAGUGAACCUGACUGUGAUGCACCUGAGGGCGGCGCUGCGGCGGAGGCUGAACCUCUCCUGCUUCGCCCCCUUCACAUGCCGCCAUGACAUCGUCACAAAUAGAAGAAGGAAAAACUGUCACAUGUUCAGAAGGAAGUCUUUUGAUUGGACGGAGAGGAAACAUCAUAUUGUGGGCGGGGCUUGACUUUUAACAGUGAUAUCAUACCAGUCGUCAUGGUUACGCUGCCUGAUGAUGAAUUAUGUUAAUGAGAUUUAAUGUGAUUGGUCAGUAAGUGUUGGCCCCUCAACUGUACAUGAAAGUAACACGCAGCGCUCACACGCUCUUGGAAAAUGUGGAAAUCUCAUCAAAAUUGCCAACAUUUUUAAGGAAAAAUUAAAUUGUCGACUGAUUCGUGCUGUAUGUGUGAUAAUAUUGUCAUCUCAUCUCUUAAUAUCUUUUAUUGUUAUUAUGAUAUUAUUGUUAUUAUAUUAUUGUUGUUAUUGGUAUUGUUCUUGCUUCUUGGACGGCACUUUGGUCCCCUCUGUUUGUUGUGAAACGUUUUGUAAAUAAAGCUGAGUUGAUGUGUUGGGGCGCUCUCAUUGGUCCAGAGAGAGGAGGCAGAG